AUAAUACUCUCUGCUGUUUUAUUAAUAUGGAUGUGACUCUCGAAUUUUAAAAUCUAUUUUAAAUCUAAAAUCUAACACUUUGAGCCUGCAUUGUUAACAUAAAAAGGCCAUAAUAGAAAACAGUGGAUUCAAACAUCUGCAUGGAGACACUUUGGUUUUCUCCAAAUACUUAACAAACUGGAUAUCUACCACACGUACGGGAGAAAUGUGUAAACCGACAAUGUAGUCAUUUCAAGGGGGAAAGUUAGUGAUAGAUUCAAUGUCGGUCAUUUAAACUAAACUACUUUUCUGGUGAAGUUACACAAUGGAUAUAGUUUUGCAGUUAAUAACUAAACGAAUUACGUGAGUUUUAGCAGAAAUGCAAUUAUAAGUAUCAGCGGAGGAGUUCGCUUUACGCAUUUUACGGCGAGCAGUGGCCCCUGGCAUCUCCGCGUGUUUCUCCAUCUGGUUUUCGGCCGUCCCGCAAUCAUGAAAUUGGACACCUGGAAAUUUUCAGUACUCAUUCGUCGUCUUUUCCUCCUCCCCUCUCCUUCCUUUGCAUCUUCUUAUUUUCGUCGUUUUCCUUUUUCAAAAACUGCAUAUUUGUAGGCUUAAUAUUUUUAAUGUUCACUAGACAUUGUUCCGUGAGCGGAUCACUACUGUCAUUUAAAUGCAACGAUUAGUAGGCUAUUCGCGUUAAAAAAAUCUAUAUCCCGAUGUGAAUACUGACACAUUUUCGGCGAGAGGUUAAAGAAGAAGCGAGGAAAAAAAAAACUGUGAAAACGGGAAGGGAGGAGAAACGGAGGUUGGAAAGGAAGGAGAACAGGCUAGUGUUUCCUUGUUCAAAAGGAAGAGAUUAAGAAAGUUAUGGGGACACAGUCGUCCUGACAGUGCGAAAGGUCUUUAGAGUCGCGGUAUGAAAAAGAAGCGAGUGUGCUGCUGGGCGCUGGACGAUUUCAUUUGAGGGCCCUACCCAGUGACCCCGUCGUAUCUCCACCUCACAAGGUGUGGAACAAGGAAUGGAGGGAGAGAAGGAGAGAGAGAGAGAGCGGCGAGAAGAGAAAGAAAGCGAUGAAGCGGAGGACUUUGGUCAGGCUGUGGAAGGAGCAGCCACUGUCUGGCAGGAGGAGGUCAAUGAUGAUGACUUAGGGCUGCCCAUCAUGCAUUGGGAGGCUCUGAGUCUGCGUAUUGCUGAACUAGAGAAACAGGAAGAGGAGAAGAGGGAGAAAUACAAGGAACAGGAGUGUGUAUCAGGGGGUUGGAGAAGGGAACGGGAGCGCGGGUGUUGGAGAGAUGCCUGGGACGAUGGAGAGGAAGAGUGUAACAGCAGAAUCAUUGCUCUAACCUCCAGGCUCCAGAAUCGGAUGAACCUUCAGCUUUGCUUUAUUAACAACAGUGAAAGUGAGGAGGAGGAUGAAGAUGAAGCCGUGCAGCAGCCCCUCCAAGCCGUGCACCGACCCCCUGCCCCGGUUAGUGGAAGCAAGUCAGGUGGUCUGAAACAAGAAGUGAGAGCUGCACUGAGCGCGCUCAGAGACAAGCUGCGAACUGAGCAGAAGGAGAAGGAGAGCCCAACUUCCCUUAUCCCUCAGUGUACUGCGUGCUGUGAAACCCCAAUCAAGAGGAAGAAGCUGGACCUCAGCGACUUGCAGAACCUCAGCCUGCAGCAGUUGGAUGCACUGAGGAUUUCACUGACCCAGAGUGUUCACGACCUUAGUUCAGAGCUGGUGGGUCGACUUUUAACCAGAGACCAGCUGCGGACCGAGCAAGAUGCCAUGCUUCUAGAGGUGCAAGAUAUGACACUGUGAUGGAACCGUCCAAACCGGACAAGAAUGAUGAUGUCGCUCCAUGGCUACUGCUGCUGGGUCUGGCUGAUGACAGCAGAAUCACAAUGGCAGUAUUAAACUGACUGAAAUGGACACUUUGUUUCUACUUUUUUGGUGAUGUUCAGUAUUCAGUACGAGGGCUUUGAUAAGCUGCAUUUAAUGGCCAAGACAGAAAAUGGAUGUGGUGCCAUAGUAUUGAUAAUAAUUACGGAAUGUGGAAUGAUCUCUAUAUCUUUAUAUCGGCUAUGUUUUCUUUGCUCCUUCUAUAUAAAAAAUAUGGUCUUACGGGGCUUUCCGACUUCAUCGCCCCUCCUUUGUGGCCUCUUUCAGUAGCUUAUUUAUCAAGUUCAAGAUCUUUUAUAUGCAAUAAAGACAUAUUUUUAUAAUAGAAUCUCAAAAA